UAUAGGGCGUACAAUGAACCUGCAACUUCUACUGCUUGUUGUUGUCGGUGCUGUCAGUUGCCGAGAGUUGGAAAACUAUGUAAACGACACUGUGUAUAUGUAUGAUUACUGCGGCAAAAGAGAUUGGAAUCAGUCAGUAGAAUUACCAACGGCAAUACUGAUCACAGCCAAGAGAAAUGCUCACGACAAUCCGCCUUCGCUGAACUGCUCACUUUCGAUAAAAACACAGACAAACCACAGUAUUCAAAUCAAUGUGGAGAGGUCAAACAUUGGGACUGGGACUAACUGUUCCGAGGAGAGGCCUCGACUAGAUUUCUGUACAAACGGCACAUACAGAGGGCAAAUAGUCACAAGAUGCGAUCUUUUUUCACAUGACCACACAUUCAAGCAGCUGGAUUCUGAAAGAGCCAUGAAGUCGAUAUGGAUCAUCUUCUGUUUCUUUAUUUCACAGUCCUUGGCGUAUAAAACAUACUACCUUGAUGAAAACUGUGGGAAGACCCUAAAUGUGGACACCUUUUUCCGACUUCAGGCGACCAGAAGGUCCACACUGCUAUCAAGCUUGAACUGCACCGUGGAUGUUUUUGCCACCGCGGGAAUGCUUGGGGGUUCCGCACGCGUACACGCUCGUUUCCUUAGCAUCAGAAUGCCUUUCUCUACACCAUUGUCAGGCUGUGACAGGGUAAAACUGGAUAUUUACGAUGGAAUAAGGAACAAAACUCUACUCACACCAAGCAGCGGGCUUUGUGGAGAAUCCUUAUAUAACACAUACAGUUACGUCACUGUCAAGGACAAUUUCAUGACGUUCACCUUAACAACGAACCCUUCACCACAGACGGGUACAUUUGACGCCAUCAUCACAAACUUUCAUGAAGUAGACGGAGACGACAACUGUCUCCAAAAUUGGUGGAAAUGUGGUAAUGGUCGUUGUGUUGACCCAACCAGCAAGUGCAACACUUUUGACAAUUGCGGAGACAAUACUGAUGAGACAUACGAAAAGUGUAAACCAACAAUGUACUUUUACGAAAAUUGUGGACAAGAGAUCCAUGUCUAUGAUGCCGUCCAUCUAAAACUGAAGCGAAGUGGCGUAUCAUUGAUACCUAAUUCUGCUUGUGACAACAUUGUUGUUGCCCAUAGUAAAUCACAGGGUAUUGGUGCGCCUGCAAAAGUAUAUGCCCAUUUCCGCUCAAUCAGCCUUCAGCAGCCAGUUUCUGGAAAUUGCACCUCGGCCAGAAUUGAUAUUUAUGAUGGAUUACGAGAUAAAAAGAGAAUAUCAGGAAGUAAUGGACUGUGUGGGACUUCACUGUCCACUGUGGAUUACACAACAGGAAGCGAUAAUUUCAUGCCAAUAGAAUUUACCACAGAUAGUUCAAACCAAAUAGGAAAGUUUGAAAUUACACUGACUAGCUUUCACACCGGGGACUGCUUGUCUGGGGAGUUCCGCUGCAAAAACGGGCGAUGCGUGGAUACUACAGUGCAGUGUGACGGCUACCAGAAUUGUGGAGACAACAGUGAUAAUCACAACGAUCUGUGUGAUCUAAUCGGUGGACUAGCGGCAGGUGCUAUUGUGGCUAUUGUACUGUCUGUGAUCUUCCUUGUUAUAUUUGUACCCGUUUGUAUUGUUGUAUGUUUAGGAAGGAAACGCCGAAGAGCAAAUUACUCUGGAAUAUAGACUUUAUUAGAAAGAUCAUGAAAAUAAAUUUCUCUUUUGUACAAUUAUCUGUGCAAAAUACUUAUGAUAUGCCAAAUAGGGUCAGCCUGACCUUUCCAACAAAAGGACGCCAUCUUGUAUCCCUGUGAGCUCGAAAUAAAAGACACCACAGAGUCGUCUA